AUGCAAAAGCACAACAGUAGAACCGCAAACGUUGGGACCAGGAAUGAAUACAAGGGGGCAAUAGUCUCACAACGCCUUGGACAUCCCGACGAUAGUGUUGUGCUACUCUAUCAAAGUUCGGCUGAUUGCACACUUACAUCGAUAUAACCCUCAGGGAAUUGUCCAAAACUUUUUUUGUUGCCUCAGAGGAGUGCUUAAAUCCAGCACUGGAAAAGAGAUGCCUUUCACAUCCAAACUUCCUUCAUCCUGGAAUGACAGACUUCCUCCCAGAAAGGUGGAAAUUGACCUAAGCUCCCCUGGUUUAGCUGUGUGUGAGUUGGAAAGACUCUUGUUUACUGGCAAAGCCAUCAUCAGCCAUGCAGACGAAGUAUGGCCAAGGCUCUACAUUGGUGAUCAACACAGUGCCGAGAACAAGAAUGAUUUAUUCAAGCAUGGAAUCACUCAUAUCCUUAAUGCAGCUCACAGUAAACGUCGAGGGUGUCCCAACAUCUACCAGGGAAUGAAGAUAAGUUAUAUGGGAGUAGAGGCAAAUGACUCAUGUACCUAUGACAUGAGUGUCAACUUCCAGGCAGCUGCGGAUUUUAUUCACAUGGCUCUUAGCAGGGGAGGUCACGUUCUGGUGCAUUGCCAGGUAGGAGUGAGCCGUUCUGCCACCUUAGUCCUGGCGUACUUGAUGCUGAAGCAGAGACUCGCCCUGGUGGAGGCUAUAUGUGCCGUCAAAGAGAACAGGGGGGUCAUUCCUAACCGAGGUUUCCUCCGACAACUUAUCCGUCUGGAUAGGCAACUUUUUGGCACACAUAAGUGAAGGUGUGCAGCUGGGAAUUUUGGUCUUAUAGAGGAAGAAAAGAGCACCAUUAACAUCACUUUAAGGCGCAUAACUUCAAUGAUGCAAAUUGUAAAAACAUUGUUUGUGGCCACUGACACUGCAAAAUGCAGAUUUCACUUAUAAAUGAGGGAUUACUGUUUAUAUAUUUUACAAUGCAAUGCCUUCCAGAUUUCUUUUUGCCAUUUUAAGAAGCUUAGUGUGAAAAGUACCAUUUUGGGAUGGAUACAUGUGAAUUUCAGAUCUUUAUUCUCUAAAUGUAAUUCCACCCCCCUCUAUUAUUGCAUACGUAUAUAUUUAGAGGAAGAACUAUAUGCACUUACUAGAUUUGCAGGUUUUUGUAUACACUGCUUCAGUCUUUAUCUACACUGUGCAAACUGUGUUGUCACAGUCGAGCAGCAAACAUUACUGGAACCCCCGAGAGUCGUAGAGGCUAAGCACAUAGAAGAGGACACUAAUCCAAAGUUCAGUCGAUUGGCCUCAUUGGUGGGAUGAAAGUCGAGAUCACAUUUUGGUGAUGUAAUUUAUUAUUGAAUCGAAAUAAAAGUCAUGCAAAUAAA